AUGACGAACACUACGGGACCAAGAACCAAAAAGAGGAGAGUCCUGCUUGAGGUAGUCCACUCUGUACUGCUUUACGGAGCGGAGAUAUGGGCUCACAUCCUGAAGCAGAAGACAUACCGGCGUAAAAUGGCAGGCGGUGCAGCGGCGGGUGCUCUCAGAGUAGCCUGUGCCUACCGUACGGUUUCCGAAGCGGCUAUAUUGGUCAUAGCGGGAGCCGCACCUAUCGACUUACUUGCGUUCAAAAGGGUGAAACCCAUGACGCUAAAAGGAAGGAUGGGGCUACAGGACACGCCGAUGUGCAAAUACUGCCCGGACAAAAUCGACGACGCCGAACACACUUUCUUCAAGUGUGUACGGUGGAAGGACUACAGAAGCAGCACAGAAGAAAUUAUAGGCACCACGCUUUCUCCGGAAAGCUCAGUAACCUAUAUGCUUAAAACAGAAGAUAACUGGUCAGCUGUCGCAGCCUACGCGCAGCGCGUUCUAAAACGAAAACCACAGAAAGGGAUCUGUAACCAGUAA